CCCGCACUAGGCGGCGCCACUCGCUCCCUCCGCGGGCUUCUCAGCUCUUGAUUCUCCAAGAGAAGAAAAACCGCCCAUCGUCUUUCUUUUUUCAAAAUGGCCGAAUACUUGGCGUCGAUUUUCGGCACAGAAAAAGACAAGGUCAACUGUUCUUUCUACUUUAAAAUUGGAGCGUGUCGCCAUGGAGACCGAUGCUCUAGACUCCAUAACAAGCCUACUUUCAGCCAGACCAUUGCUCUGUUGAACAUUUACCGGAACCCACAAAACACAGCCCAGUCUGCGGAUGGCAUAAAUGCUGUCAGUGAUGUGGAGAUGCAGGAACACUAUGAUGAGUUCUUUGAGGAGGUCUUCACUGAAAUGGAAGAGAAAUAUGGAGAGGUUGAGGAGAUGAAUGUGUGUGAUAAUCUAGGAGAUCACCUGGUGGGAAACGUCUACGUGAAGUUCCGGCGUGAAGAGGAUGCAGAGAAAGCAGUGAUUAACUUGAAUAACCGCUGGUUUAACGGCCAGCCCAUCCAUGCUGAGCUCUCGCCUGUCACUGAUUUCAGAGAGGCCUGUUGUCGACAGUAUGAAAUGGGAGAGUGCACUCGAGGAGGCUUCUGCAACUUCAUGCACCUGAAGCCGAUCUCACGAGAACUCCGAAGAGAACUGUAUGGACGCAGGAGGAAGAGGCAUCGCUCUCGCUCCCGUUCCCGUGAACGCCGCUCUCGCUCUAGAGAACGCAAUAGAGGAGGUGGAAGAGAACGAGAGAGACGGAGGUCAAGAGAUAGAGAACGCUCCGGACGCUUUUAAAAAUGUCCUUCUUUCUUGAAACCAACAUUCAAUCCCCGAGUCCUCCUGCCCUAGUCUUUCCUGAUGAAAUGUGAUAAAUGUUGAAUUUAUUUCCUCCCUGACUUCUUUGUCCUCUGACCUUUUUAUGCGAGAUUCCUUUGCUUUUCAAUAAAGUUACCUUAAUCAGUU